GUCGAUGCAAUGGCUGAGGUCCUCACUGUAGAUGCCAUAUUGUUUGGCCUUCUGGUGUUCACCGGUAUUAUGGGGAACAUCAUGGUCAUGCAUACGGUGUGCCAGUCCGCCAUGCAGAGUCAGUCUCGCCGGAUGCCCGCGUCGGACACCAUCCUGGUCCACCUGUCGCUGGCCAACCUGCUGACCUCGCUGUUCCGUACCGUGCCCAUCUUCAUCUCCGACCUGGGACUGGAGGUGACGCUGUCCCCAGGCUGGUGCCGGGUCUUCAUGCUGCUGUGGGUGUGGUGGAGGGCCGUGGGCUGCUGGGUGACCCUGGCCCUGAGCGCCUUCCACUGCUCCACCCUGCGGCGCCAGCACGUGGCCUUCGGACCCCUGGCCGUGCAGAAGGAGCGGCGGCGGGUGUGGGGGGCCCUGGGGCUGGUGUGGGGCGUCAACCUGGUGCUCUCCCUGCCGGCGCUGGUGUACACCACGCACGUGCACGGGAACGCCACGGUGGAGCUGAUGGUGAUCAGCUGCACCACCCGGCCCCUGCUGGGCUGCAUCUGGGAGUUCCCCAGCCGGGAGCAGGGCGAGGCGUUCGCCUCCACCUCCCUGGUGCUGAACGAGGUGCUGCCGCUGGUGCUGAUGAUCUGCACCAACCUGGCCACGCUGCACGCCCUGGCCAAGCACAUCCGGGCCGUGACGGCGGCGGGCGGGGACAGCGGGGACAUGGACCGGCACCUGGCCAGCGAGCGCAAGGCGGGCCACGUCAUCAUGUCGCUGGUGUCCCUGUUUGUGGUGUGCUGGGUGCUGCAGGUCGCCGCGGUGACGUACUACAACCACGACGGGGGCCACCACGCUGAGGGCCUGCUGACCGUGGCCCACUUUGCGGCGUCGCUGUUCGUGGGGUUCAGCCCCAUGGUGGUGGCCCUGGGACACGGGAAGCUGAGGAAGAGGAUUGUGGGUAAGCUGGUCGGCUGCUCGAACGUGGUGAGGUGUCGGGGGCAUGAAGGGGAGGAGGACGGCGGGGCCGCGGGCGCUGCACAGCAGAAGGAGAAGGGGAAGACUGUCUUUGUGGUGCAGAAGGAAGCCGCGAGCACGAAGGAGAAAACUACGAGUAAAAAAUAG